GCUCCCGGCUGUGACACGUGUUCGGUAAAUCCAAAGGCUCCCGGCUGUGACACGUGUUCGGUAAAUCCAAAGGCUCCCGGAUGUGAUGCAUGCUCGAACAACCCCCAAGCUCCCGGCUGUGCUGCAAAAACGCCAGAGAAUUGUGAUGUAAACCCUUAUGGGCCCGGAUGUAACGUAGAUUGUGGAAAAACUCCCGCACCUUCAGGAUGCGCUAACGUUCCAGACUGUGGAAAUAAUUCCGGUGCGGUCGGAUGUAAUGGUGACAAAUUGGACUGUGGCAAAUAUCCGAGUGCUCCUAAUUGUGGUAUUAAAGCUCCGGUAGAUUGUUCAAAAACUCCCAAUGCACCAGGAUGCGUCGAUUGUUCAAAAACCCCUGAUGCUCCAGGAUGUACCGAUUGUUCAAAGACCCCCGAUGCUCCAGUAUGUCUACAAUGUACUCAGAAUCCAUAUGGAUCGGGGUGUGGCAAUGUUGAUUGUAAAUUAACACCAGAAGCUCCAGGUUGUUCAAAUAUUCCAAAUUGCGAAAGUUCUCCUAACGCUGUAGGAUGCAUUUAUGGUCAAUUGGACUGUGCAAAAUAUCCAAAAGCUCCUGAAUGUAUAAACAAAAAACCGGAUUGUUUCAAUAACCCAAACUUGCCUGGAUGUAAUGAUUGUAAUAAUAACCCAUAUGCUUUUGGAUGUGAUGUAUGUUCACAAGUCCCACAACCUGAGAGAUGUCAAGUUGGUUAUUGCGAUAAAAAUCCCGGUUUACCAGAAUGUGCUGUUUCUUUGACGGAUAGUAUAACUAUUUAUGCAAUUGAAAGAGAAUUUAUCUUGGUCACAUAUUAUUGUAACCCGGCAGUAAAUAAUGACGUUUGUGGUAAGAUGAUCAAUUGGGAAGGAACAGUAUUCAGCGAGAUCUAUUUCGAGAAAUCAUGCACUGAUGGUAAAAUUUUUGAAAGCAUUAAUGUCAAAGGAGGAUUUUUACAUAUUUGUUAUAAAUCAGAAACCAAAGAAGCCGUUUGGACCACUUUCGGAGCCCCAAAUAAAAAAGGAGAAGUAAAUGUAAUUACAACGAAUAAAAUAACCGAAGUAUACACCUUUGAUGCCAAUUACACACACGUAUUCGAAAAAGAAGAUGGUGGAUAUUGCGUAGUGACUAGUAAAUCUGCUGACGGUUCUGCAACAUUUUCCGUGCCAUGGAAUAUUCUCGUUACAUUUAUCCCAAAAGAUUCCACAUCUGGAACUUCUGGACCUUAUGAGAUUUACAAAGAAACGUCAACAACUGUGGUCGAAUUACACAUUUACAAAUGUAACAUAGCAUACCAAUCAUCAGGAUACAGCUGCAUAAUUAAAACAGUUGAUGGAGGCCAAACCACAUUUACUGAAAUCGACUUCUUGGGCACAGGUAGUAACGGUAAAGUUACUAAAACACAAAAAUAUACAGUACCGCAGAUUACGGCUGAAAAGGUUGUGACGGAUGUUGAAUCAUUAGCUUAUGGUGGAUAUGUUAUUGUAACAAAGGAUAGUAUUACCGGAAAGAAUAAUGGUUAUGUUGUCAAUAAUGAAGGAGUGUAUAAUGAAACUAUAAAUUGGGGUCUUUCCGAUAAAGAUUCUUACGUUGACGUUAUUGUACUUCCCAAUAAUACAAUUGUUGGUAUUCCUAAUGAUUCUUUAAAAGUUGGAACUACUGGAAACAGUGGUGAAAGUAUUACCAUCGCCUCAACUGAUGAUUUAACAAACUAUUCUACCGUUGAAGGAGGAGAUGGAACAGCACCGGGAGGACCAGGUGGAUAUGGAAGUUCAAAAAUAUUAUCCACAACUCCAGGGAAAGGAUCCACAGUACCAUUGGGCACGAAACAAGCAGAAGAAUUUACCAUUACAUAUGGAAUACCUGUAGUGUUUUCAACCGGAAAUUUCAGUGUAUACCAAGUUAAUGGAACUGACGUGGUCUUAAAACAAGCAGUCUCAGCAAAAGAUGAACAAUAUGUUACUGUUCAAGAAAAUAUUGUUACAGUUAAAAUAUUGAAAAGUACUCUAAACACGUAUAACGCUCCUAAUGUUCCUUAUUAUGUUGAGGUUGAUAAUGAUUUCGUAAUGGAAAAAUCAAAUGGUCAAAACGUUAUAGGAAUUAGACCAAAAAUUUGGAAUUUUACCGCAACUAAUUCAAUGGCUUACCCAGCAGGAGGCUCAGCUGAUUCAGCUAGUGCAAUUAUCCGAUUGUCAGUUAAUGGAACGAAACUUUAUAAAAGUUCUUCUUCAGAGGAUAAAAAAACAUUUGUAAAUACAAUGAGCGAAGAAAUUUCAAGGGCAAUUUCAUGUGAACCAGGACGUUUAACAACCACCAAAAAAUAUCAAUACGAUGCUGAGACCAAAGAAGAUCAAUUCAUAAUGAGAGUUGACAUCAAAAAAGCGGCAUCAUUCGAACAAGCUAGUUCGGAUCAACUUAUAGAUUCUUUAGAUGAUGUCGUUAGAAAUAAAGCGCACAAUUCAUUAUCGGAUGGCGAUAGCGCUAGUUAUAUUGAUGAAUCUAAUGGUGCUCCUCGUACCGAAAAUCUUAACAAAUACAAGUUUAUUCUUAUCGGAUUCUUUAUUUUAUUGUUCAUAUUGAUCGGAUUGGUAUUUUGGGCUCGAAAGAAAUAUAAGAACGGACGAAACUUUUUGGCGAUAUUCUGCCUUGCGUUUAUCCCAAUUGAUUUAAUCUUAGACAUUGCAUUCAUACUUGAUAAUGACAAUGAAGCACUUAAAGUAUGGAAGAAUAAUCAUCCAAUCGUGGCAAAUGUAUUUUUAGCAUCAUCAAUUAUUGAUACAGAUGCAUUACAAGAAGUAUCAUCAAAAGCUGGUGGGAUUCCAACUUUGAGUGCGCCAUAUUCAGUUAAAGCCCAGAGAUUAAUCCUGAUUUCUACCGGAUUCGUAGCAGUUUUCGAAGAUUUCCCUCAAUUUGUUUUUUAUAGUGUUUAUUUAUCAAAAUACGUUAAACCGGCUAUAGUACCGAUUCUUGUCUUAUCAUCAUGUAUAAUUGUUUUAUUCUUGAAAUUUUCUGCUCUAAUAUUUUACACCUGCUGUUAUAAAAACGGUAGGAAACCAAGUGAUAAAGAAAAAGUUAUUAACGAUGAUAGUAGCAGUAGCAGUUCUUCUAGCGAUUCUGGUUCCAAAGAACACAAUUAUGCACCUGAUAAUGCAGAUACAGGAAGAAUAAACGAGAAAACUGAUACCGCUAAUGUACCACCAACGAAAGGAAAUUAUUCACCAUCAGAUGGACCUUCCGGUAAAUCAAAUAAACCUACGGGUAGCGCGCGAGGUAAUCCAGAACAACCGGUCGAAUCUUUUGGAAAUGUUAAACCAGUUGAGAACAGAACAAUUAAUCCAAUAUCAGCCGAGAAAGAACCAAUAACUUCUUCAGCACAUAAUGAAAAUAAUAAGAAGGGAAGGUUUUCUACAUUAAUUAGUGGUAUUAAGAAGUCAAAGAAAGAAGAAGAUAUCAGUAAUACAACCAAUAUUGAAGUAACAAAAGAUACCACCACUUCUGAUACUACUCUGAAACCAGUUAUCGAUAGUACAAAUAGAGAUAGUACAAAUAGAGAUAGUUCUAUAGAAAAUUAUAAUAAUUUCACAAAUUACCUCAACACAACAGAAGGAGCAAAAUCGGAUGGAGAUAAUUUAGCAGGAGCAUCAAAUUCAACUGUACUUGGAUUUGGUCAAGAGACAAUUAUCAGUAAGGAAAGUAAUACGGAAAACGAUUUGAAGAAGGUUGCCACCGGAGUAGGAAUUGCUGGAGCAGCAGCCGCAACAACCAAAUACGUCACGUCUAGUACUACUAGUACGGACGAAGCUGAAAAAGAUGGAUUUACUAAAACUGUGACGACCACCGCCACGACAACAUCAGAUGGCGGAGUAGAACACAUUACUAGAGUGAUAUCUGGUGAGGAAUAUGUUACUACGGAAGAAGAAUAUAUUAUUACCUCCACCGGGGAAAGAGGAUAUAUUACUAAAUUAACAGGUGAAGAUGGGGACAAAGAAUAUUUUAUUACCGCUACAGGGGGAAGAAAAUAUAUUAUUACUACAACGAUAGGUGAUCAUGGUGCUAAAGAAUAUUUUAUUACCUCUACCGGAGAAAGAAUAUAUCUCAUUAUAACAACAGGUGAUGAUGAUGGUGAUAAAGUAUAUUAUAUUACCUCUACCGGUGAAAGAAGAUAUAUAAUUAUAACGACUAGUGUUGAAGAAUAUAUUAUUAAAUCCACCGGUGAAAGAGGAUUUAUUACUAAAAUAACAGGUGAUGAUGGUGAAAAGGUAUAUUUUAUUACUUAUACCGGAGAAAGAAAAUAUAUUAUUACCAUAACAAUAGAUGAUCAUGGUGUUGAAGAAUAUUUUAUUACCUCUACAAAAGAAAGAUUAUAUCUCUUUACAACAACAAGUGAUGAUUACGAGAAAGAAGAAUAUAUUGAAGGAGACGGAAAAUACAUUACUACUACUACUGCCACCACAGGUGGAAAAAUUAUCGAAGGUGGAAAGACAACAAAAACCACUUAUAUUACUAGUGGUGGUGGUGGUGACUCGAGAGAACAUACUUCAAUUAGUAGUUCAAGAAUACCAAUGAGAAAACAAGCAAGGAAACAAAAUGAAUCCAUUAGUGAAUCAACAGAUGCCGACGGUAUAACGACAAUAACUAAAAUAGUAACUACAACCGAAGAAAACGGUGAAAAAACCGUCACAAAAACAAUCACUAAAAAAGACCAAAGUGGAAGAGAAAUAUCAAGUAGCUCUAGUACAAAUGUUACAAAUAUUGCUGUUAAUGAUGAAACAGAAGAAUAUAUUACCAAUGUAAUAGAAGAAGGUGAAGGAAGCGAAGUUAUUACUACCUCAACUACGAGCGGCGGGGAAACUCGAACGAUUACGACAACCUCAAGCACUGGUGGAGUCGCGGGUGCUUCUAUAAUUGAAACACAACAAACAAAUAACGAAAAGAAAACUUCCUCCGCUGAUAAGUAUUCUACAUCUUUAACGGCUAGUAAUGAUAAUAGCAUCAGUAGUGCACGUUCGAUUAAAAGAACUUCAUCUUAUGGUAGAAGUGGUGGUAAAAUAUCAAAAGGUACCAAGAAAUCUAAAGCGACUACUGCCUCUAAAGUAAAUAGAAGUGGUGAUGAAGACAAAUUAGGAAGGGUUAAUAGUGUUGAUAGCGUUAGCAGUAUGAGCAGUAGUGAUAGCACUGAAUAA